AUGGGUCCUCCUCCAUCGUAUCGGCCAAAGGCCGAGAAGGUGGUGCCAUAUGAUACUGAACUCGUGAAGAAGCUCGGGAGCAAUGUCACUACUCGAGGGGCUGAGUUUGUUCAGUCAACAACGCUAAGACGACCGAGGACCCUUCCUCCGACCCCUAGAGUCUUUUCUCAGAACGAAUAUCGAGCAGGGGACAAAGUUGAAGUGCUUGAGAUGGAAAAGGGAAUAUGCCGUGCCUGGUACUCUGCCACAAUCGUCGGACGGGGUGGACCCAAGGAACUGUCACUCGGAGCAAGUGCCGCAGUCGCGUGUGGCUUUUUCAGCCCUGGCUAUGGAGACAAGCUGGAAGGUUCCAAGAAAUUGGACUUUACUGAAGACAUGAAUGAAGAUGACAAUGGGGAUGGAGGUGACUCACCUCGCACUGUGCGGUCUCCCGCGGCAUCACCAACACCUCCAAUUGCGAAAGUUCUCUACAGGGUGCGGUUUGAGCACCGAUAUGAGGAACAAGGCGGUAAGCCUCUUGAAACCGAAGUGCUAGCCUCCAAGAUUCGUCCCGCUGCACCUUUCAUGACGGAUGAGGCUCCCCUGGACUGGAGACCAGUAGUCGGGGAGGCCGUCGAAGUACUCAAGGAUGGGACCUGGUUUGUGGCAGUGACUCAGAAUUUCGUGGUGCGAAAAGGGUACAUGGUAAGCUUCGAGAGCGGGGACGUGGAAUGGGUGCGGCGCCCUCGUCUGAGGCCUUAUCAAAUCUGGAGAGGGGGACAAAGAUGGGUAACGAAGACUAAAGCACCACUUGCAGUCUCACGGAAGGGUGUUGGGCUGAGUGUGACGCACCCUCCAGGUGGAAAGCGAAAGCGAAGCGACUCUGACCUAGGCUCAAACGAUGGGCAAGAUGGUCGAGAAACUCGAGCCCGCAGUAAAAGGUCGCGAAGUGCAGACGUGGAGACGGGAAGCGGGCCUGACGGUCUACCUGAAGGGUGGAGAGUGGACCAAAUACGGUGUCCUGAAACAAUGGAAGUGAAGAAAAAGGUGUACUACAUGGCACCAGAUGGGUGUCGUCUAAGAUCUCUGAAAGAGGCUCAACGCUACGUGAGGAUGAUGGGUCCUGUAUAAUGAGGACAUUGAAGCGUUUGUCUUAUUGUGAUUUGAUGUGAAUAGGCUAACAAAUGUUUGGACGAUGAUAGUUGUAGUAAUGGCUUCGAAUUGACCUACGCGGACUGGUCACUGUUUUGCCGAGAUGAGAGGUUGGCGAGGUGCACGAUUGAGGCCGUAAAUGAUAUGUGAUGUUUUUUUCU